AUGAACGACGUUGCAGAACUGUCGCCUUCGACAACAACCCCUGCGGCAAUCAUCAUGCCGGAUAUCAAAGCUUUGACCAUCACUGACCCAACAACUGCCAUGAAAAAAGAGAAUGGUAUAUCCUCUGACCUAGCAACUCCGUGCGCUGAUAUUUGGCCGCGGCCAUAUUACUUCGAGAAUGGGUUGCGACGUGUCGCUCCGUAUCACUUCACGUAUAAAACCUGGUGUAAACAGCGCUGGAGAGGCAGGAAACUCAUAGACGUGUUCGAGAGCGAGUUUAGAGACCGACCUCUAGCAUACUAUAAAAAUGCUAUGGAAACAGGUCAAAUAUGCGUCAACGGGAAACCGACUAGCCCAGAUCAUAUCCUCAAAAAUGGGGAGCUUGUGUCACAUACGAUACAUCGGCACGAGCCACCAGUCACGGCAGAUGAUAUAGGAAUCCUCCACGAGGAUGAGGAUAUGAUUGUAAUCAACAAACCUUCUGGAAUCCCGGUACACCCCGCAGGAAGAUAUAAUUUCAACUCUGUCAUCGAAAUUAUGAAGGCCGAGAGGGGUCCAGACUGGAUCGCAUAUACUUGUAACAGGCUUGACAGGUUAACCAGCGGUAUCAUGUUCGUCGCAAAGAACCCCAAGGCGGCCGAUCGCCUAAGCGAACAGAUCAAACAAAGAAGUGUGCGAAAAGAGUACAUUGCUAGGGUGAUCGGCAACUUUCCUGACGAGGAAGUAGUUUGCAAUCAGCCUUUGCUUCAAAUCUCCCCGAAACUUGGGUUGAAUCGAGUGCGGGCAAACGGGAAGACGGCUCGCACGGUUUUCAAAAAGCUAGCAUAUUAUCCCCCACGUGAGCCGCGAGGGAAGGGAGAUAACGAUACUUCUGGAAUAGCAGGCGUUUCCGAAGAUAAGGGUAGGCCAUGGCUACGUAAGGAGGGAUAUUCCAUUGUGCGAUGCCUUCCGGUUACCGGUAGGACUCAUCAGAUCCGCGUUCACCUCCAGCAUUUAGGACACCCUAUUCAAAACGAUCCUAUUUACGCCAAUCAAAGGGUUUGGGGAACGAAUCUCGGGUACAAUGACCCCGAGGCCCUUGAAAACACAGAUGAUGAUAUUAUUACACGUCUCAAUCGGAUGGGAAAAGAAGAAGUGGCAGACGCCGUUGCUUACCAUGAUGAGAUGGUGGACGAGUACUACAAGAGAAAGGCGGAAAAGAUGUCUGGUGAGCUCUGUAAGAUCUGCGAUACGCCAUUAUACACAGAUCCCGGACUGCAGGAGCUUUCGCUAUGGCUACAUAGCCUUCGAUACGAGGAUGCGGGCGGAGAGUGGAGCUACGUUAGCCCUCUUCCUGGCUGGGCUUUACCCCCUUCUGGCAUGUCAGGGCCUACAGAAGUCGGAGGUAUGGAAGAACUAGUCUCGGCAGUAAAAGAUGUCAACCCCGAAAUUGUAUGA